AUGGGGGACGAGUACCCUUCAGAGGAGAGGACGGAGCCGUUCUCCGAAUCCGAAAUGCUUUUGCGCCUGUCCCGGAAUGUCGAGGUCUCCAAGAGUUUCGAGAGCUUUGAAGAUGACACCGUUCCGCUGGAUGACUUGAUCAUUGACGACAACCACCACCAACAAGGAAUCCGGAUCUUGGUCAGACCUCUGACUCGCACUCGCUCAGUCAGUCCUGGUAGCGACAAUUGCGAAUGGUUGGCACUUCGCGCCGAGGUGGCCGACGCACAACGGCCAAAAUCCAAGGUCCUGGCGGUGACUCAGACCUCAAAAGACAUCAACUUCUCGCUAAGGAUACCCGGUGAGACUGGUUUAGACGAGACCAGACCACCCAUUUGGUGUGAACUCUACUACGAUCCAGCGAGCGACAAUCAAAUACUUCUCAAUAGAUCAGAUAUUCCUAUUGCCCUGGCGAGACUCUCACUAUCGCUCGGAUCUGACGAUGGUGCCACUUAUGACCAGGAAGUAAUCCCAGGAACCACAAUGGAACUUUCACCCGGCUCGUGGCGGAUAAGCCUGUACGGGUCAGACAUACUGGACUUUCGGAUUCUCGCCAAACGCCCCGCUGCGCUCUGGAUACCGCAAGAGGACUCCAGCCCUCCAUCAUUUGUCACCAGCAAUGCUCUACUCAAUUCCUCCGGGAAACGUUCAUUAUCCCCCGAUGACUCCGAUGACGAGGAUGCUAGCACCGGAAAACGUGUUCGGACGGAGGAGUCAAUCGGUAAGGACGAUGACGGCGUGAUCAUGUUUUAUCCUCGCCCCACUGCCGAACCGCUCGUGUUUCCACUGCCUCACUCUCCCAAAGGCAAGGAGGUUUCGAUUCCUAGUGGCCAUGCACUCCUCCAAGUGCAAAAGGAUGAGACUGUCUCCAUCCCUGGCGGCGAACUUGAUCAAUAUUUCUUGACGAAGCGUAACCAAAUUGCAACCACGGCUGCGUCCUCUGUCUUUACCGCCGAGCACUCCCAGGUUCCAGAUGGCGUCAUCACCGUCAAAGUCCUCAAGACUCGUGGUACCAAUCCCAAUGCCAGACCUCAGGAUAACCACCGAAACGUCAUUCGGCAGGCUGAUAUCUGGCUGCGCGAGUACCGAAGCCAAGAAGAUAUGAAGCACAAAUCCAUAGUAAAGCUCUAUGGAGGUGAUGCCCGAUAUCUGUCAUUAUAUAUGGAACACAUUGAUGGCAAAGAUCUGGCAGCUCGAGGCGUCUGGCGCGACACGGCUAAUGACGUAUUCCUCGGCACUAGGAAUGAUGCACUCAGGAUCCUCAAGGACAUUGCGGGCGCCCUAAACUAUGUGCAUCAGAGGCGGCGGGUGCACAACGAUAUCAAACCUGCCAAUAUUCUUUAUUCACCCGACCGUGGAGCCGUGCUGUGUGACUUUGGGCUGUCGACGCGGACCAGUGACCCGGCAACCAAUGGAGGCACACCAUACUAUGUUCCACCCGAGUUCAUAGGACAAAAGCUACGUGGCAGUGCCUCUGACGUAUGGGCGCUCGGAGUUACCAUGCUCUACGUGCUCAAGAAGAUCACGUUUCCGGACGCCCGUGGCCGUCAAGGACAUCCCAAGCAGUUGUAUUGGAUGAUUGCAGAGAUCAACAGACGGACACACCACUCUUCGACGAAUAAAACGCCAUCUGCUGUAUACCAAAUGCAACAGUGGUUGAGCGAGGUGAACGCAGCAAAGGCCAAACUCAAUCCAAGGGACAAACUACAUGUCUUGGUUUCACAAAUGCUCACCCCGAGUCCGAAUCAGCGCAUCACCAUGGCAAAGGUGAUGAACGAGCUUUCCAAAGACGCCACUCUAGACAACUGA